AUGCGCCCCGAGACACAGGUGUCUCGACGCACCCCAAGGGCGUCUGACGAAGUCCACGACGUUUACGACCCUACACUUACGACCUUUGCGCGGCAACGCCAGCCAGCUGCCCAACGACCAUCCUCGGCUGAGGCAGACCCCCAAUUCCGACCCCCUAGCGCUUCCCACUCCCAGCGCACCUUACGUCGCGUUCGCCGACAGCCAGAGACCCGACAGAACCUCCACCGUCGAGCUGUAUCCUUAGACGUCCCUUCGCACCCUCGCCCUCCGCCGGCGCAUACAAGACAAAGCUCUGUGCAACAGCCUCCAGCCAGUGGAAUCGCAGCGCUACGUCCGGCACUUUCCGAAGCACAUACUGAUGACAACGGGUCGACCGUAGACGAUCCCUACCAGCUCCUCGACACAUCCUAUUGGCCGCAGCGCAACACCGGUGUCUCAUCGCGCACUGCGUCUGCAAUCCUCUUUGCCCUCGAGGACGCCAUCCGUGGUCCACUCCAACUUUCAACUGACUGGGACGAAGUGAAUGCGUCUAUGUCAGACAUGGUAGGCGUAGCUGGUCCUGCUGGGCCUAUGGGCAAUGCCCGUUCUCAGAAUGGUGGAGCCCGUGUACCCCAGAAUCCUGUGUCCGGGUCAUCGCAGCCCCCGAGUGGGAUGCGCACACCGACGGAUAUUAUGAGACAGCGAAGGGAUCGGGAGGCUCGCCGUAAGGCCGAGCAGGAUGCCCGAGACAGGGAACAGGAGGAACUGGAACGACAGCAGCUGGACCAUGAGCAAGCUCAAAUCCAGGCUGAGGCUCAAGCUCAGGCCCAGGCUCAGCAGUACUCUGCUGCUAUUUCCGGUGAUAAUGCCUCCCAGUCUCGAACACGAAUCCCCCGCGCAAAUAGGGGUGCGGAAGGGCAGCCUGAUACUGUACCCGUUACUGGGCCUCCGGCAGGUUACCAACCCGCACCUCCGACAACUGGUGCAGGGCCAAUAGCCGGUCAAUCUCGGCCAGUACAAGCAUCUAGUCAACAGCCCCUGGGUGCGUCUGCGCCCCAGCAUAGUCGGUCGCAGAGCGCUGCAGCUGCUGGAGCUCAGACUGGACCGAGCGGAUUCUCCAAGCCUGCCCAGCCUGCACCUGCAGCGUCCUCUGCUACUGCGCAAUCUCUCCAACAGCCGCGACGCGUUGGUUUCCCGCAUGCAUUUGAGCGAUGGGAGACACUUUCCUCGCACUGGGAGGGUCUCACCAGCUACUGGAUGCGCAAGCUGGAACAACACAACGAGGACUUAGAGCGUGAUCCUCUCAGCCAACAACUGGCUCGACAGAUUACCGACUUGUCUGCCGCUGGCGCCAACCUGUUCCAUGCAGUAGUCGAAUUGCAACGUCUACGAGCCUCCUCGGAACGCAAGUUCCAGCGCUGGUUCUUCGACACCCGCGCCGAACAGGAACGAGCCAAGGAAGUGCAAGCAGAUCUGGACCGCCAGCUUAAAGCCGAACGACAAGGCCGAGCUGAUGCCUUUGCCGCUGCUCAAACCGCCGAAAAGGACAAAGUCCGUGCAGAAGAGCUCCUCAAAGAGAUGCGGCGCGAACUCCAAAUCUCUAAAGAAGAAGCCCGCCGCGCCUGGGAGGAACUCGGCCGUCGCGAACAAGAAGAGCGAGACCGAACCAACUCCCUCCGCAACGGCGAACCAACUCUAGUCGGCGGUGUCCAAGUAGUGCCCAUGAUCUCCGGCGUCCCAAGCCGCCACAACACAACCAACCGGCCCCAAACCCGCGAAGGACCGUACCCCGGCGGCCCAACAGCCACAACCAUGGGCACAGACGCCUACGGCAAACCAACGGGACCCAGCACAAGCGGACGAUACUACGAAGACGGCACACCAAUGUCACCAACAGGCUCCGACCCCUUCAUCGAACCCAAAAGACAGACCCGCCCGCCUCCUCGAAAGCCCCCUACCCAGGCCAACUCUACGCGCACCAAAACACCUCACAGCGACGCCGGCGACGAGGAAUACGCGCAUUAUGCGCACGAUCCCCAGGGCCGCGGCCUCUCCUACCCACCCCCUCUCUCAGAGGGGAGUGAGGAAUACGAUAAUACCGCCGAAGAUGACCGCCACUACAUACCCGACGACGCCUAUACCUCAGCUGCAUCCUCUGCGCCAUUGCAGGCUCCCUACCCGCCUGUCUCGGCUGCGGAUUAUAGUGGCGCUGGAUGGGGUCCCGGGACCGGGUGGGAGUCUAUGACUCCGCGUCAUCGGCACCCGACCCGUCUCAGUGAUGUCCUUGAAGAGGAUGAGCCUAGUCGGACUAGUCCUAGUCGUGCUAGUCAGCGGAGUCGCAGCCAGGCUAGUCGAAGCAUUCUUUAG